AUGGAUAAACCUUUUCCGGGAAAUGCUCAAUUUUGUCCAAUGUUGAAUUCGAGAAAUUCGGAAGGACCUUCGACUUCAACAAAUUAUGAGGGUCCCAUUUUUAGUCAGCAAUUUGUUAAUUAUAAUAAAGGUGAGAUUGACAGAUUUUUGAUUUUUCGCGUGGAAGUUUGAAUAUUUUUGUGUUAAAAAUUCAGAAAUUUUCAAAUCUCAACACUUUGGCGCCAAUUUUCAUAAAUUCAAAAUUUUCAGAUUUCGCGCCAAAAUUUUGAAAUUCAAAAAUACAGUUUCCCGCAAAAAUUUUGAAUUUUCAAAUCUCAACACUUUGGCGCCAAUUUUCAUAAAUUAAAAAAUUAAAUUUUCGCGCCAAAAAUUUUAAAAAAUUCAAAAAUGCAGUUUCCCGCAAAAAUUUUGAAUUUUGGCGCCAAUAUUUUCAAUUUUCAAAUCUCAACAUUUUGGCGCCAAUUUUCAUGAAUUCAAAAUUUUCAGAUUUCGCGCCAAAAUUUUGAAAUUCAAAAAUGCAGUUUGCCGCGAAAAUAAAAAAAUUCAAAUUUCACGCCAUAAUUUUUGAAAUUGAAAAAUUACAAUUUCCCGCAAAAUUUUGAAUUUUCAAAUCUCAACAUUUUGGCGCCAAUUUUCAUAAAUUCAAAAAUUUAAAUUUUCGUGCCAAAAGUUUAAAACAAAAUUCAAAAAUACAGUUUCCCGCAAAAAUUCAAAUUGAAUUUUUGAAAUUCAAAUCUCAACAUUUUGGCGCCAAAUUUUGAAUUUUGGCGCCAAUAUUUUCAAUUUUCAAAUCUCAACAUUUUGGCGCCAAUUUUCAUAAAUUCAAAAAUUUAAAUUUUAAAAAUUCAAAAAUGCAGUUUCCCGCGAAAAUAAAAAAAUUCAAAUUUCACGCCAUAAUUUUUGAAAUUGAAAAAUUUCAAUUUCCCGCUAAAUUUUGAAUUUUGGCGCCAAUAUAUUUAAUUUUUCACAUGAAAAAAAAAUAAUGCAGUUUUCGCGCCAAAAUUUUCAAAAUUCAAAUCUCAACAUUUUGGCGCCUUUCUCGAAUUAUUCAAAUUCCUAGUCCCCCAUUUGGUUUUCUAGGCCAUCAUUGUUUUUGCAGCUCGUGAUUCAUAUCGUCGCCAACUUCAAAUGGAACGAGCAAAUCUCGAUUAUGAGCUCGAAACUCUUCACGAACACGAUCUCGAAUUCAAAAUUGAAGAGCAAGAAAAACAGAAGAAAUCGCUGGACAGCAAACUCGCUCUAAUGCUAAAAACCAUGAAAGAAACACUUGGAAGUGUGCCAAGUUCAAAUGGUUUGUUUGUUUUUUUGUUUGGGAUUCUAGGCCACGGCCGAAUUGUGCUUUUUCCAGGCCAUCUAGAAAGUGUUGAAUCGCUCACCGAAUGGUUGAAAACAGUGCAAGUGAAGCCAAAUGUUCGAAAAUCGAUUAGAGAAGCGAUUUUGAGCAAGAAAAAAUGUUAG